AUGGAGAAUUUGAUCGAUUUUGUUAACAGAUUACAAAUAGCAUGUACUGCACUCGGCGAUUACAGCGGUGGUAAUAACUCUCUUUCUUCUCUCUGGGAAGCUCUUCCUUCCGUCGCCGUCGUCGGUGGUCAGAGUUCUGGGAAAUCGUCGGUUCUAGAGAGUAUUGUUGGAAGAGAUUUCCUUCCUAGAGGAUCUGGUAUUGUUACGAGACGGCCUUUGGUAUUACAGCUUCAUAAGACUGAAAAUGGAACUGAGGAAUAUGCUGAGUUUCUUCACCUUACCAAUAAGAAGUUCACCGAUUUCUCUUUGGUUCGUAAGGAGAUUCAAGAUGAGACUGAUAGAAUCACUGGGAAGAACAAACAGAUAUCUCCAGUUCCUAUUCAUCUCAGUAUCUUCUCUCCCAAUGUUGUGAAUCUUACUCUCAUUGAUUUACCUGGUUUGACUAAAGUUGCUGUUGAAGGACAGCCAGAAACUAUUGCUGAGGAUAUCGAAUCCAUGGUUCGCUCAUACGUCGCAAAGCCCAACUGUCUUAUACUAGCAGUAUCUCCUGCCAAUCAAGAUAUAGCCACAUCAGAUGCGAUCAAGCUCGCGAAAGAAGUGGAUCCGGAAGGUGACAGAACGUUUGGAGUUCUGACAAAGUUAGACUUGAUGGACAAGGGAACUAAUGCAUUGGAUGUUAUCGAAGGAAGAUCAUACAGGCUGCAACAUCCUUGGGUUGGGAUAGUGAACCGUUCACAAGCAGAUAUUAACAAGAGUGUUGAUAUGAUGGUUGCAAGAAGGAAAGAGCGAGAAUACUUUGAAACCAGUCCUGACUAUGGUCACUUAGCCGCUAAAAUGGGUUCAGAAUAUCUCGCAAAGCUGCUCUCUAAGCUCUUAGAAUCUAUUAUAAGGAAACGUAUUCCAAAUAUCCUAGCCUUAAUAACCAAAAGCAUCGAGGAACUCGAAAGAGAGUUAGACCGAUUGGGUAGGCCUGUCGCCAUUGAUGCUGGAGCUCAACUAUACACUAUACUGGGAAUGUGUCGUGCAUUCGAAAAGAUAUUCAAAGAGCAUUUAGAUGGCGGGCGUUCUGGAGGUGCUCGUAUCUAUGGAAUCUUUGAUAACCAACUUCCAGCAGCCAUUAAAAAGCUUCCUUUUGAUCGUCAUCUUUCAAUUCAAAGCGUUAAGCGAAUUGUUUCGGAAUCUGAUGGCUAUCAACCUCACUUGAUUGCUCCAGAAUCGGGUUAUCGUCGACUCAUUGAAGGAUCACUAAAUCAUUUCAGAGGUCCAGCUGAAGCUUCUGUGAAUGCUGUACACUUUAUCUUAAAAGAGCUUGUAAGGAAAUCAAUUGCAGAAACUGAGGAGCUAAAACGGUUCCCUUCGCUACAAAUUGAGCUAGUUGCUGCAGCAAACACAUCAUUAGAAAAGUUCCGCGAAGAAAGCAUGAAAUCGGUUCUUAGAUUAGUCGACAUGGAAUCCUCGUACCUAACGGUCGAGUUCUUUCGUAAGCUUCAUGUAAUGGAAACACAAGAAAGCCAAACCUUAACACCAACAAUAACAGACCAAUACGGAGAAGGACAUUUCAGAAAGAUAGCUACAAAUGUAGCUGCUUACAUCAACAUGGUUUCAGACACACUUGUUAAGACCAUUCCUAAGGCCGUUGUUCAUUGUCAAGUCAAACAAGCGAAACUUGCUUUGCUCAAUUACUUUUACACACAGAUCAGUCAGAGUCAGGCUAGAGAUGAGAUUGAUGCAGCGGUUUGGGUUCGAUGA